GUUUUUCUCACUGUGCUGCUCCUGGGGAUUGGACGGCUGUCUGUGGACAGAGUGGUCACUUUGAGGUUUUUAGUUUUCAUGAGAUACUUCCCUGGGGUACUUGCUCAUUUGGGAUCUCUGCUCUCUUGUAGUUGAGUGAUAGAAAAUAUCACUAUUUAGCCCCAUGUUUGUUCUCUUUUUUAAGAUAUUUUAAGGAAAGGAUGAAACAAAUUUUCUGAAGAAAGCAGAAGACCUCUUCUCAAUAUGGCUUCAGAGGUCACGUAUGCAGAAGUGAGGUUCAAAAAUGAAUCCAACACCUCAAGUGCCAGCUCAGAGCCUUCUGCAGCUCCCAAAGAGAAGACCAGCCCUCAGCAAAGUAACCCUGGUUUUCCCAAGCAGCUUCUUGCCUCAUUGCUGAUAUUUCUGCUGCUAUUGGCAAUCUCAUCCUUUAUUGCUUUUAUCAUUUUCUUUCAAAGAUGUUAUCAGCUGCCUAAAGAAAAAAAGAAUUCAAACGAUGUGUUUCAUGAAAAAUUGACAUGUGAGAAAACAAAUUUGACUGUGGAAGGAAAAGGCUGGGGUUGCUGCCCAGAGAAUUGGAUUGCAUCAAAUACCAGCUGCUACUUUAUUUCUUUUAAAUUAAGUAACUGGACUGAGAGUGAGAAGAACUGUGCUGGGGUGGGAGCUCACCUGCUGGUGAUCAACACCAAGGAGGAGCAGCUAUUAAUAUACCAGAAGCUGGAUAAGAGAUUUGCUUACUAUAUGGGACUGUCAGACCCAGAAAGGACGUACCAGUGGCAAUGGGUAGAUCAGUCACCAUACGACAAAAGUGUCACUCAUCAAAACUCCCCUUGGUUCAGCUAUUCACAAAUAUUUCAGAAGGUGGGUAUCUUGCCUGCCACCUCAAAUUUGGAAGACCUGGACAACCGACUGGAAGAGAUCCAUAUUUGUGCCCAUUCCAAAGAUAGGUGAUACAACAGAAUGCAGAAAUUAUCAAACAAUAUCAUUAACAUCACACUCAAGUAAAAUUUUGCUGAAGAUCUUUCAAAAGUGGUUGCAGCAGUACAUUGACAAGGAAUUGCCAGAAAUUCAAGCUGGGUUCAGAAGAGGGUGUGGAACAAGGGAUAUCAUUGUGAUAUUAGAUGGAUCUUGGCUGAAAGCAGAGAAUACCAGGAAGAAGUUUACCUGUGUUUUAUUGACUAUGCAAAGGCAUUUAACUGUGUGGAUUAUUACAAAUUACAGAUACCAUUUCAAAUAGUGGGAAUUCUAGAACGCUAAAUUGUGCUCGUGCCAAACCUAUACAUAGAACAAGAGGUGGUCAUUCUUACAGAACAAGGGGAUAUCGUGUGGUUUAAAAACAGAAAAUGUGUGUGUUAGGGUUGUAUCCCUUCACCAUACUUAUUCAAUCUGUAUGCUAAGUGAAUAAUCCCAGAAGCAUGACUACACGAAGAAGAAUGUGGCAUCAGCUUCAGAGAAAGACUCAUUAACAACCUGCGUUAUGCAGAUGACACAACCUUGCUUGCUGAAAGUGAAGAGGACUUGAAGCACUUACUGAUGAAUGUCAAAGACUACAGCCUUCAGUAACAGUUACACCUAAGCUUAAAGAAAACAGAAAUUCUCACAAUUGGACCAAUCAGCAACAUGAUGAUAAAUGGUGAAAAGAUUGAAGUUGUGAAGGAUUUCAUUUUACAUAGAUCCACAAUCAAUGCCCACCAAAACAACAGUCAAGAAAUCAAAUGAUAUAUUGCAUUGGGCAAAUCUGCUGCAAAAGACCUCUUUCAAGAAUUGAUGCAUUUGAAUUAUGGUGUUGGCGAAGAAUAUUGAAUAUACCAUUGACUGCCAGAAGAACAAACAGGUCUGUCUUGAAAGAAGUACAGCCAGAAUGCUCCUUAGAAGAGAGUAUGGUGAGACUUCAUCUCACAUACUUUGGAGAUGUUAUCAGGAGGGAUCAGUCCCUGGAGGACAUAAUGCUUAGUAAAGUAGGGGGUCAGCAAAAAAGAGGAAGACUCUCAAUGAGGUGGAUUGACAUAGUGACUGCAACAAUGAGCUCAAACAGAGCAAUGAUUGUGAGAAUGGUGCAGAACUGGGCAGCGUUUAGUACAGUUACUUAUAAAGUCACUAUUAGUCAGAGGAAACCCUGGUGGCUAGUGCUUAAGAGCUAAGACGGCUAACCAAAAUGUUGACAGUUCAAAUCCAUCAGGCACUCCUUGGAAACUCUAUGGGGCAGUUCUACUCUGUCCUAUAGGGUCACUAUGAGUUGGAAUCAACUCGACAAUAACAGGUUUAUUAGCUGGAACUGACUCAAUGGCACCUAACAACAACAACCUCAAAUGCCAACAUCAUUGCACAGGAAUAAUUGGCAGACAGAUUCUGUCAAGGACACCGUAAACUGCCUAGGAAACCAAUUCCUGCAUUUACACUUUCAUCAAGGCCAAACUCCUAUAGGAAAUUACUCACACAUUGGGAUAGUUUAACCCACCUAACUCUUGCCAGUAGUGUUUGCAGCUCCUGCAUUUGGCAAAGGGAUUUAUUAUAGAGAAGCCUGGAGUAUGCAUCAAGUGGUCACAUACUCUGAAAUAUUUCUAUUGAAUCAAAGAGACAAAACUAGGAAAUUACCAGAAUAGCUCUUGUUACAGGGAAAGAGACUUAUUGCCGUUGGUAAUAACUCUGGGUAGCUUUCUCAAGUAAGGACUAAAAAUACUGGAUAGUUUAAGCUGUAAUUAUUAAAAACAGAAGUGCUACAUCACUUAUUUUUCAUCCCACACUCUUCAAAAGAACAGCAUAAAGACACGCCAGAAGGACAACAAUAGAGCCAAUUGGGACAACCACUGCUUAUUCAGAACUUCCAAAACCAUAAACAUUUUGGCACAUGUAUGAUAUCCGGAAUUCUUUUUAAAGAUCAUGCAAAAUCCAUAAAAAUUUGCUACAUGGGUUUUAGAUGAGAUUCUGUUCAAGUUGCUUUUGUGUGGUAUGUUUUGAAGAGAAAUGUUUUCAAUUUUUGAUGAUGUGUAGCUUAUCACAUUUUCUUUUAUGGCCUGUCUAAGAAACCUUCACCUACACCAAGCUCACAAAAAUUUUUUCUUAUGUUUUCUUCUAGAAGUGUUAUAUUUUUGCCUUUUGUGUUUUGGUCUACAGUUCAAUAAUUAAAUUUUGUGUGUAGUAUGAGGUAGCAGCUGAAGUUUAUUAUUUCUCAUAUGUAUAUGCAGUUAAAAUGGGACCAUUUUUUUGGAAAGACUACCAAUUCCCCACUGAAUUACCUUCAUGCUUUUGUAAAAAAUCAAUUGACCUUAUGUAUCGGUGUCUAUUUCUGGACUCAUGGUUUUGUUCCAUUGAUCUGUUUGUUUAUUCUUAUGCUAAUACUAUGUUUUCUGGAUUAUUGUAGCUCUGUAGAAUAAAUCUUGUGAUCAGGUGCGGAAGUCCUCAAACUUU